AUGCCAGGAAUCGCUCUAAAAAUCAAGUAUGGAGUGGCAAUCCGGGAUGUGGAAAAUGCGAGGUUGCUGUGUCGGAAGACGAACAUGAUCAUCUCCAACAACUCGACCCGUCUCUCCCGCCCGCUAUUUUGCGUCCGAAUCUACGCUGAAAAUGGCCAGAUCCAGAUUGCGCACAACAAAUUGGGCCAUAGCCGGACUAUCGUUAAUGAUUUCUCCACUUUCGACUUUGAUCAAUGGCUUGCCCUCGAAAUUGCCAAAAUCGAGCUGGUCGACAUGGCCGAAAACGGGCUCGACACGACGCCUAUCUUCGAACGAAUCGUCGCCGAACUGAUCAACAGCGAAAAUUUCCACGUUUCAACGUUAUUACUGCAAAGAGUAAAACUCGGCGAUGAUCAUGCGAUUCGCCAAUUUUUCCGGAUUUUACUCCCCAGAGUUCAGCAACUCCUCAUCGAAGACUCGACGAUCCCAUUCUCAAUUUCUGACGUGUUCGGCCCAGCGAUAUCGAGUCAAUUGACGCAUUAUCGAUCGUUGAAUACGGUUGCGCAGUAUGCCAUCGCAGAUAGCGCUCGCCUUUUGGCUAAUUUCACCCAACAACUCCCGACAUCAGACAAGAAAAACACUUUUCACUUUGAAGUGGACAGUAUUGCGCCAGAUGCCCUGGCUUCUUUUAUCCAGACAUGGAGCACGAUGGAGGGCCGCUCGGCCUACUUCAACAUCACGGCUUCCGGUUGCUCGAGGAUCUGGAGGGAGGCGUUCAUCUUUGCCGCGAGACAACAGGGCCUUCAGGAGAGUUUCCUCGAAUUUCGAUCGAAGAAUAACCCGAAUACUAUGAUCAAGAUGGUUAUUGACCAGAGCAACAAUACAUGCCGCCUAUGGCCAAUAUUCGACGCGCCCGCACGAACUGCCGGACAACUGAUCUGCCACGAUCGCUUCUAUCGUGAUUUC